CUCCGGAUAUUUAUCAAUGACAGACAGAUGGACUGGGCCAAGUGGCUAAAGAUAGCCCAGUUCUCGUAUAAUAUAAAACAGUUGUCGGCUACGGGAAAGGCACCAUUCGAGGUCACGAGGUCGUACCUACCAAGAAUGGGUGUAGAACCUGGUAAAAGCAAGAACGAGGCUGCGGGAACAAUGGCAAAAGACAUGAAGUCUGUCUUAGAGGAAACACGCAAAGUGUUGUUUAAAUCUGCUGAGCAGAUGGUAGAAAAAGCAGAGCGUAGACGCUCAAAAGCCCCAGAUUACCAAGUCGGUGAUCUAGUUUGGUUAGACACCGAA